AUGGUCGAGGUGCAAACUUUCAGAGUUGACUGUGCAGUGACAUCUCGUUUCGCUCACACUGUCAUGACCUCCAAGGCCUUAAACAGAGCCAACAUCUCACAGGAAAUUUUCUUCGAAGUGGAGCUCCCAAAGACAGCGUUCAUCACCAACUUUACCAUGGAAAUUGAUGGGCAACUUUUUGUUGGAGAGGUGAAGGAGAAAGAGAAAGCCAAAAAACAGUAUGAAAAGGCAGUUUCUUCCGGAAAGACCGCUGGACUAGUCAAGGCAUCUGGAAGACAAAUGGAGCAGUUUUCAGUUUCUGUCAACAUUGCUGCAGAAAGUAAUGUUAUUUUCAUUUUGACUUACGAGGAGCUCCUUCAGCGGAAACUAGGCCAGUAUGAGAUUCUGACACGAGUGAAACCCAGACAACCAGUCCAAGACUUUCAGAUCACAGUUAACAUCUUUGAGCCCCAAGGCCUCGCUUCGGUGGAUGCAACAGCAACAUUCCUAACUAAUCAGCUGCUCCCUCUGGUGGAGAAAACUGUUACUGACACAAAGGCUCACAUCACUUUUUCACCAACAAUGGAGCAACAGAGAACAUGCCCAUCGUGUGUGGACACUCAAAUUGAGGGCGAUUUUAUCGUCAAGUAUGAUGUCAAGCGAAAAGAAAACCUUGGUGAAGUCCAGAUGGUAAACGGCUACUUUGUCCAUUUCUUUUCCCCACCUGACUUACCCGGCGUCCCCAAAAAUGUGAUAUUUGUGGUUGACAGGAGUGGCUCAAUGUCUGGAAAAAAAAUAGCACAGACCCGAGAAGCCUUGACAGCCAUUUUGAAGGACCUCCACAAGGGCGACCACUUCGCUAUUGUCCUGUUUGAUGAUAAGAUUGUCACUUGGAAGAAUUCAUUAAUGAAAGCUACAGAAAAGAACGUGACAAACGCCAUCGCCUACAUCAGGAAACUCAAGGAGAAAGGAUCUACUGAUAUCAACCGUGCCCUAUUGGAAGCAGUUAAAAUGUUAAAGAAGGAAAGAAGAGAUAAAAGGCUUCCUGAAAGGAGUGUGGAUAUGAUUAUUCUGUUGACUGAUGGGAUGCCAAACCAUGGGGUUUCCAACCUAGAGGAAAUCCAGGAGAAUGUACGUCAAGCUAUACAAGGAAGAAUGUCUCUGUUUUGUCUUGGAUUUGGAAAUGAUGUGGAUUACUCCUUCCUGGAUGUAAUGAGCAAACAAAACAAAGGGCUAGCCCGCAGAAUCUUUGAGGCCUCAGAUGCAGCGCUUCAACUCCAAGGUUUCUAUGAAGAGGUGUCCAGUCCACUGCUCUUGGGGGUGAAACUACAGUAUCCAGGAAAUGCUGUUGACUUCUUGACCAAAAAUCAAUACAGCCAUUUGUUCAACGGCUCUGAGAUUGUGGUGGCCGGUCGCUUAGAUGACAGCCAUGAGCUUGACAACUUCCUUGUGGAGGUGUUCGCUCAGGGGCCAAAAGAAGAUUUCCAAGUGCAGGGCAUGGCCCGAGUGGAAGACUGGGAUGUGAUCUAUCCAGAAGACAAGUACAUCUUUGGGGACUUCACUGAGCGUCUCUGGGCUUACCUUACAAUUCAGCAACUACUGGAGAAGAGUCACAUUUCUGGUCCAGAGGAAAAGAUCAACUUCACAGCCAAGGCCUUGGAGAUGUCGCUGCGCUACAAUUUCGUAACCCCUCUCACCUCUAUGGUGGUCACCAAACCUGAAAGUGAGGACGGUCCCCUCAUCGCUGAUAAGCUGACAGAGGAGCAACGACAAAAAGCAGAGAGACAAAGAGUGGAUGGAGAUCCACAUUUUAUGAUAGAACUCCCAGACAGAGACGAAGCCCUGUGUUUCAACAUCAAUGACAAACCAGGGACUAUUUUCAACCUGGUCAGGGACACCAAAUCAGGUUUUGUUGUGAAUGGCGAGAUUAUUGCCAAGAAGAAAUUAGUCACGGAUCAAAAGAUGGACACAUACUUUGGUCGUCUUGGUAUCAGCCACAAGGCUCUGGGGAUAAAGCUGGAGGUCAACACCCAAAAUAUUUCUGUGUUUCAGGGGGGUAAACAGGUCAAGAUGCUGUGGACAGAUUUUGCUUCUCUCAAAGACACCAAUAUGGACCUUCAGAUGACGAAAAACUGCAGCCUCACUGUCACACUGAGACACUCAGUCAAAUUUAUGGUCAUCAGACACACCAAGGUGUGGAAGAGACGUCAUGAUCAGCAAAGCUAUUUGGGAUUUUAUACUCUGGACAGCCACCAUUUGUCCAACUCUGUUCAUGGGCUGCUAGGCCAGUUCUACCAUGGAGUUAAUUUUGAAGUAAGCGAUCUAAAAAUGGACAAAAUGCAACAGAAAAUGGAUGCCACCUUGUAUGUGAAUGGACAGACACUCAAUGUAACCCGACAUUGGCAGAAGGACUUCAGCAAAGACGUGUUAAAUGGGGAAGAUAUUCCCUGUUGGUUUGUUCAAAAUGACGGAGCUGGUCUUAUUGAUGGCAGAGCUUCUGAUUACAUUGUUCCCACCCUGCUUUAA